AAUUCCUUCUCGUUUAUUGCCGUGGACAAUCGACCCUCUUAUUGGACUGCGCCAUACUAAAUCAUUGGAAUUCCGGCUACGUAACUCCCGAUAGCCAAUUAUCUUGUCAAACGCCCCUCAUUUGCUCAUUUACCCUGCUGUAUCGAGGUGGUUAAGAAGUGGUUACAACGCCGGAUAUGCAGGGAGAAUCCCUUCCUACUACUACCCGGAAUUCGAGGACCUUGAUCAACGAGGAGCUUCUAGAGGCACGCUUGAUCUGAACAAACAUCUCCAGUCCUCAUCAUGAUGGCCAUUUUGUUGCUUGAGGCUAACCGCAAUGUUAAGUGACCUGUCUCCACGGGCGGAGUCACUCGUCCCAGCGAAUGUCGACAAGCUAUUUGAUCUGCUUAAUACCAAUGGCGAGGCGUCCUCGGGAUCAACAUGGAGUCGCGCACCAAGGUCCCUUUCUGCCACUCAACAGGGGAGUCGGAACUUGCUUGAUGGUGUUCUCUCGCCGGCUGCCACAACUCAAAGACCUUUUGUCCAACAAAAUUCAAUAUGGCAGGAACCGCUUUUUGAGUCGGGGUGUAGAGGCUCACUGCAUGGUCGACAAUGCGCAGGGCAAUGCUCCGACCCCAAGAUAUUGUUCAGUUCCCUCAGCAUUCUAGGAAACUGCCUUGCCUUUGCAACCGCGGGCUUACUGGCAGAUGACGGCAUUGUUAUUCGAGAAGCCCCACUGGAGGACACCCCGACAUCACUACAAAUAGCUGGUGUCCCCGAAAACAUUAAUGCAACUCAGAUACUCGAUGAUAUUGUACGAUGCGCUGUGUCGUCCUGCGAAGGCGAAGGUAGAAUAUCCGGCAUGGCCACCUGCACGACACAGCUUAUCGAACUAAGGGGACACCUGGGUGGUCCGCAUAACGCCGCUACCCUUGAGCAAUUCCAGGUCCUUCAUGACGGCCUAGGCCAAUAUUGUGGCAAGCUUGAUAUGGAGUUUGAGCCUGACAUUGCAGGGCCCGGGGUCCUGCUGUCACAAAUGAUACAGGCAUCAGUCUCAGUCACCUCGUUUGUUUUCAUCACGAUAAUCAGCUCUUGGGCCCGGUUCGUUCUUUUGGUCCACAAGCGAGGCGAUUGGAAGAAAGCGGAGCGUCGUCACAGAAAACUCACAACAUCCAGAGUCCACGGUGCGUUGGUUUCGGCUGCCGUGGAAUUCCAGGAAGCCCAAGCAUUCUUCACCAUGGCCAUUCAGAUCGCGACCAUUGCCACGUUUGAGCCGAGCUUUACCUGCGGCUUGUCUUGCAGCCAGCAAGAAUCGAUCCAAUCCCUGAGCGACACCAUCAUGAAUGGGCAGUUGAUUCGUGCUCUGGCGGUCAACAGCAUGUUGCCUGUGCUUCUGACACAGUCAGUACUACACCGUGCCGGAAUGAGCUGGUGGUAUACCUUGACGCUUUGCAUCAUUGUCUGCAUCUUUUCAGAGGUCAUCAGGUGGCAAAUUGUCACUCAAGUCCCUUUCCACAUCCUCUUAGGCCGGCUAAAAGAUCUAGUACCAGUGGAUGAGUGUGGUGGUAACCCUUCUCUGACAGCGUAUUGCCUGACGCCUUUAUACAAUCUUCAACUUGUGGAAAUGCCCAUGCUGAUUGUAGGAUAUACAACCGCCCUGGUACUCCUUCUUGCGCAGAGCGCACAUCGGACAUGGCCGAUUAUUUCACCUAUUGUCGAGAGGCAUAGACCUGGCCAGUUGCUGGCUUACUUGGGAAAGCAUUUCUUUCGGGUGUCUUGGUACGGAUUGCAGAUGACCCUUGCCAUCGCCACGGCCUUACAUUUCGUCACUCUUUGGACCAUCAGCCGCGGUUUGAAUUCGUCACCGAAAGACUGGACCUAUGGCCAGGUGGUGUCGGCAAUGCUCUGGGCUCCGAUAUUGGGAAAGUACCUAUACUACAAUAUUUUUGGAGUGAAGAGGGGAGUCGAGGCACGGCUUGCGCGAGAGUACACGGUGAUUCGACUUGAGCCUCACUGAAUUGCUCAGUUAUCCUUGCGGUAUGGUAUGCCUACAGCGCCAGGGCUUUGAUCGAAUCACCACCCCGGUAUCGGGCUGCCUUAGCCACAGCAUCACCCCCAAUAACUAUCGACUUGGCACAUCCUCACCUCCACGGAAUUGCGUUUAAAUUCACGGUACACAAGCUCCAGGUGUUCUGUUUUCCAGCACCAUUUGCCCCUCGAUCCACUACCACUUUCCGGCAAACAGGAUGUCAAUCAAUUCACCUCAGGGCAGCAUCUCCAUGCUCCACACUCUGCUGGUGUGGUUAGCCAGCUACACCGCCUGCGUAUCGAAGAAGCUGAAAAAAGCCUUUGAUUCAGACCUGUCACACCUACCGCCACUUGUUUACGGCCCUUUACCUAGCGCAGCAUCCAUCAGAAUCCUCGAUAUGAUCAAGCCAGCUGCAGGAGACAGAAACAUCAUCAGACUGUCAACUCGAAUCAUCAACCUAGACUCGGACUUAGCCUCGCUGCCGGAAUAUGUGGCUCUGUCUUAUAUGUGGGGAAACCCAAUCACGAUUCGAGAGUCGGUGCCAGAUUCAAUGAAUUUCAGAAACCCCUCUUUCUGUUCCAUCAAGAGGCCGAAUAAUGAACGAUUUGGAUGGCUAGACCCGGCAAAAUGGAUUUAUUAUGUCAAAGUAGCCGGUACAUGAUAGCUGAAGAGAAGGUUGAUUGGAACGGUGACAAAUUAAGGUGGAUUGAGGUGGAUGGCUGCGGCGUGCAGGUCAAGGAGAAUCUGUUUCACUUCUUGAAGACAGUUCAACGGGUACGAAAAGACUCUGCAGGACCUCACGGUUGGGGCAGGCUUCAGCUAGACUCAUGUUUCGACAAUGUGGGCUAUCCGCUUUGGAUCGAUGCUAUAUGCAUCAACCAGGACGACCCAGACGAGCGAGGUUCUCAGGUAUCGCUGAUGUCCAGGGUCUAUCAAUCUGUCAAACACGUUUUGCCAUGGACCGGGAAGAGUGACAGACUGUCGGAAUGGGCAGCCCAAGGGUUCAGUCGACUAAUGGAUUGGGAGGCACCCCGUGCGAAACGGAUGAGGGAGAAGAUUGAAAAGGGAGAAGAGCGCUCCAGGAGCGACAUCAACAUUGACACAACGCUUUCGUCGAUUGAGUGAAUGUCUAUACGCCAUUUGUUCGGCUUAUUCGCUUUUUUUCACCGUAUUUGGUUUCGUCGAGCAUGGGUCGCGCAGGAGGCGACUUUCGCAAAACGUACCUUCGUCUUAACCUCCACUAACCUGUUCCCUAUGACGAUGGUUCUGUUGGCGCUGGAGGUGAUUGACAGGUAUGGAUUGGAAGAUGAGUUAUGCGAGUUAGGACGAGGCCUGCUUACUGGUCGGUCCGUAUCAAACACUGAGGCUUUCGUUGCAAUGCAUACGGGAUAUCUCGAGGAUGAACAAGGGGUCACUUUGGAUCAUGCAGAGCGAUUGGCAAUUGAGCCACGAGAUGCUUUCAUUUUCCUUCGGGGAUUCCAAUAUAUUCGCGAAAGAUCGAACCUGGACCUGGCGGACACAGGUACCAUGGUAGUGACAGGACGGAGUGAGAGAGGCUGGGACAUCGAGGUUUUACCACGGGUGCAUUUGGAUAUCACUCGGGUACAAUUAUCAGUGCCCCGGCUGACUCAGUUCCCUUGAGCCUUUUUCACGAGCGGCUAAGUCUACUUCCUGUCAUAUCGGUCUUUCGGAACCUCAAUGCCUUUGACCCUCAGGACAAGGUAUUUGCAUUUUUGAACAUUGCAGAAGGAAAGGGGCUUGUUGCGCCAAACUACCGCCAAAGUGCCCAGGCCGUUUUUCGGGCGACAGCAGAGGCCAUAAUUAAGGAUACCAACAGUCUCUCUGUACUAUCACACAUUGAAGAUCCGUCAAACCGAGAGAUCGAGGACCUUCCCGGUUGGAUCCCUGACUUCAGCGCGAGGCUAGAAACGGAAACGUUUGACAAUGGGUCCGACCCUUGCAGAUAUUGCGCCUCGUAUAUCAACUUCAAAUUAACGGAAGCAAGCGAGAUCGUCUUCCAUCCUGAGGGG